AUGGGAAUCCUCGAAAAAAUCAGCGAGAUUGAGAAAGAAAUCGCAAGGACCCAGAAAAAUAAAGCGACGGAGUACCAUUUGGGCUUACUGAAGGCAAAAUUGGCAAAAUACCGUUCGCAGCUUCUCGAACCGUCGAAAUCAGCUGGUGCCGGCAAAGGAGAAGGUUUUGAUGUUAUGAAAUCUGGUGAUGCAAGAGUGGCUUUGAUCGGGUUUCCUUCUGUUGGAAAAUCAACACUAUUAAACAAGUUAACGUCCACGUCCAGUGUAAGUGCAUCGUACGAGUUUACGACCCUAACUUGUAUCCCUGGAGUGAUAGAAUACAAUGGAGCGAACAUCCAACUACUCGAUUUGCCUGGGAUCAUUGAAGGUGCCUCUCAAGGGAAGGGUCGGGGUAAACAGGUUAUUGCUGUUGCUCGUACUGCUGAUAUGGUGGUGAUGAUGUUAGACGCAGCUAAGGGAGAAAUCCAGAAAGUUUUACUGGAGAAAGAAUUGGAAGAUUGUGGCAUCCGCUUAAACUGUUACAAGCCAAACAUUUACUUCAAAGUUAAAAAGGGAGGUGGGAUUUCUUUCAAUGCCACAUGCAGUUUAACUCACUUGGAUGAGAAGCUAGUGCAGAUGAUUCUUCAUGAGUACAAGAUCUUCAAUGCUGAGGUGCUUAUCAGAGAGGAUUGCACUGCAGAUCAGCUGAUUGAUGUAAUCAGCGGCAACAGAAUCUACUUGUCGUGUGUAUAUGUCUACAACAAGAUUGACUGCAUUUCCAUAGAAGAAGUUGACCGUCUUGCUCGUCUGCCUCACUCUGUUGUUGUAAGUUGUGAGAUGGAGCUGAACUUAGACUAUCUGUUAGAACAGAUGUGGGAGCACCUUGCUUUGCUGAGAGUCUACACAAAGAAGAGAGGUGAGCCCCCCAACUUCAGUGGGGGGCUGAUACUGCGACGUGGAGCCAAUGUCGAGCAUGUAUGUCAUGCGAUUCAUAGGACACUUUCUGAUGUUUUUAAGUAUGCGCUAGUCUGGGGCACCAGUACAAAAUAUAGUCCACAAAGGGUAGGGAUUAAUCAUGUUAUGAAUGAUGAGGAUGUCAUUCAGAUUAUGAAAAAGUAA